AUGGCCCCAACUAUCCUCAUUGUCGGUGCUACCGGUAACACUGGCCAAAGCGUUGUCGAAACACUGCCAAAGUUACUCCAAGCCAGCAACAAUCUAUGUCAGCACCGCAUCAUCGCUCUUACUCGUUCCUCUAAGAGCCCAGCGGCACAAGAACUUGCCAAACUGCCUGGUGUCGAAAUAUUUGAGCAGAACUGGACCGAAAUUACUCCUGACUGGCUUCGUGAACACGAAGUUGUGAGAGUGUUCAUUGCAUCUCACAACGAACCCACCCAAUUCGCCGAUGAAACCACAUUUCACAUUGCCGCCCUCAACGCCGGUGUCAAGUACGUCGUGCGAAUCUCGACUACCGCCGCGAAUGUACGACCCGAUUGCAAGGCUUACUACGCACGUACUCACUGGGCAAUUGAGACUCUCCUCAGCUCACCGGAAUUCGCCGCUAUGCAGUGGACUUCCCUCCAGCCCAACGUCUUCACAAACUUCUACCUUUCCAACGCCGCGGAACUGAUCAAAAAGUACCGCCAAACUGGAAAGCAGGAUAAACUCAGGCUGAUGGCGUCUGAGGACUCGCCCUGUGGUAUCAUCGAUCCCAAAGACGUUGGUAUUUUCGCAGCCCAUCUUUUGUCCCUGGACGAUCCCACUGCGCAUAAUAAGGCCAAAUACGUCCUGAACGGUCCCGAGGACAUAACUGGAAAGCAGCUCGUCACCAUGGUCGAGCAGUACAUUGGCACACAGGUUGAGGAGGUUAGCUACAAGGAUAUGUCAUUCCUCGAGAUGCUUUAUGAAUUCAAAUACGCCCAAACUUCCCAGUCAAAGAAUGUCAUCAUGUCGAUCAAACAUGCCGCAGAGACCGCAUGGGAAGGCAAAUGCUCGGCAUCCACUACCAGCCCUGAGGUACUGAAGCUCGCUGCACCAAAGGGUACAUGCGCGGAUGCGUUGAAAGCCUUACUACAGAUGGAAUGA